CCUCACGUCCGGGCGCCGCCUCACUUCCGGCUGCUGCGGCGCGGCGGCGGCGGCCCGGCAGCGGCACCGAUGUCCCAGACGCGGCGCCCGGCGGGGAGCGGGGCAGCGCGACCGCAAGGCGGCAGGUGACCGGCCGGCGUCGGGCAUGGCCGCCGCCUGGAAGCGCGCCCUGCUGGUCCUGCUGGCCUGGCAGGUGGUGUCCUCGCUGAGCUCGGGGGACGAGGACGAAGUCCCCGAGGACUGGGUCCUGCUGCACGUGGUGCAGGGCCAGAUAGGAGCCGGGAACUACAGCUACCUGCGGCUCAACCACGAGGGGAAGAUCGUCCUGAGGAUGCAGAGCCUGAGGGGCGACGCGGACCUGUACGUGUCCGACAGCACGCUGCACCCCAGCUUCGACGACUACGAGCUGCAGUCCGUCACGUGCGGCCAGGACGUGGUGGCCGUCCCCGCGCACUUCCAGCGGCCCGUGGGCAUCGGCAUCUACGGGCACCCGUCCCACCACGAGAGCGAGUUCGAGAUGAAGGUGUACUACGACCGGAGGCUCGAGCCGUCCCCGUUCUCCGAGGUCGCCACCUCCGAGGCGCGGGACGCGGCUCACAGGCAGGCGCGGGCCCCGGAGGACGCGUCCCAGGAGGAGGAGUCCGUGCUCUGGACCAUAGUGAUCAGCGUCCUCAAGCUGGUCCUGGAGAUUCUGUUCUGACGCUCUGGCGCCCUGGCGCGCCCUGGCGCCUGCUCCCUGAGUCUGCGAGCCCCGCUACGACCCAGACCCCAGACCCAGCUGCGUGCUCUGGUGGAAACUGUGGCUGCCGAUUGGGGGAUGGAAAAUAAAGCCAUACGCUUGCUUGUGUUACCUCAUACACCCCAAAGGGAGGGAAAGCAGCAGGAACGAGGUUAGUAUUUCCUCAGAGGUCAAAAUUCCUGUAAAAGGAAUGCGCACAAUAAAAUGUUCAGACUCCGGUUGAUAGCUUGCUUGUCAGGUGGCCCAAACAGGGCAGUAGCCUAGGAAUAUAGAAGAUAAAUCGAAACAGAGCAUCAGAUGAAACGGCUGGUAGCUAGAAUUGUGUUCUCCCUAGAGUUUCUGAAUGAGGUUACAACGUGUUUAGGACUUUGAAGCUGCUGCUGAAGUCAAGCCUGAAACGUACGUUUUUGCGCUUUUGCGUGGCUGCGGGGCUAAAGCGCUGGGCCUGCCCCCGGGCGGAGUGGGCGCCCCUGCGCCCCUGUCCAGACAGGAAACCCAGCUGCACCAACUCUCAUCAGAUCGUUUGUAUUUAUCAUCCUGGGCUACCUAUUAGUUAAAAUUCUUCCAUCACUAAAUAACUUUGUUAUGCUGCCAGUGGUAGGCCAGAGACCAUAUAGAUUAGGAGAAUUUCAUGCAACUACUAUACACUUUCUGGUCAAUGAAGGAAUAGUUGAGUAUUUCGAUUACGUUGCCUAAUAUUUCCAC